AUUUCCAUAAACUCGUCACAAACUACUUACUCUAGAUUUGUGAAACUCAUAAAACACUUAUUACUUGUAACGUUUAUGAUCUUAGGUUAUAUGGUAGCUCAAAUUUUUAAGUUUAAUAUAUUUUUCAAUAAUAAAUAAUAACCUACCAGCCUUUUCAAAUAUGUUUUAUCAUAUAUCCCUUGAGCAUGAAAUUUUACUGCAUCCCCAGUAUUUUGGCCCACAACUAUUAGAAAAAGUAAAAACAAAACUCUAUACGGAAGUCGAGGGAACUUGUACUGGAAAGUAUGGAUUUGUUAUAGCAGUUACCACAAUCGAUAGCAUCGGAGCUGGGUUAAUUCUUCCUGGACAGGGUUUCGUAGUCUACCCAGUCAAGUAUAAAGCAAUCGUUUUUCGCCCAUUCAAGGGCGAGGUACUUGAUGCAGUUGUUCGACAAGUAAAUAAAGUCGGAAUGUUUGCAGAAAUAGGGCCUUUGUCCUGCUUCAUUUCUCAUCACUCAAUCCCAGCAGAGAUGGAAUUCUGCCCCAAUGUUAAUCCACAGUGUUAUAAAUCUCAGGAUGAAGAAGUAGUGAUACACGCGGAAGGAGAAAUAAGACUAAAAAUAGUUGGUACCAGAGUUGAUGCUUCUGGUAUUUUUGCCAUUGGAACUUUAAUGGACGAUUACCUAGGUUUAAUAAGUAAUUGAAUUGUGUGCUAUACAAUUGUGAAUAUGUUUCAUCAAAAAGAGUUUAUCACAAGAAUAUUUAAUAAUUUUUAUAUUGUUCAAAUUAGUCAACCAAAACAUUCAUAAUGUUAGGUUCAGCAAAAUAAAUACUGUUUUUUUAUA